UUUUUUGCAAUUCGACUAAGAUUUGUUUUCCUUUUUUUUGUGUGUGUAUUUUCAACGAUCCUUUUUGCGAGGGUCUAUUUUUUCGAUAAGGGCGUGUCGUUGUGUAAAUUUUAACACUAUUCAAUAUGCACAAGAUGUGUGUGAAUGGACUAAACUGUAGAGUGUUAAAAUAACCACGAAAAAAAAAAUUCAAAACACCCUCUAUAAUUCUAUGUCUAAUAUUAUUAUUAGAUAAUAACCAAUUACAGGGUAUGUUAAGGGUAGAAAAGUAGAAAUGUAAAUAUGAAUAAAAACUUCUUCGAUCUACUCGACAUGUAACGUAACAUCGCUUGACCUGGCGUACCACCCUGUUACCGGCUCUGAAACAUUAAUCCGACACGGUUAUUCAUUAUUAUUAUAAAUUCAGGCACCUGUCAUUAUUCACCGACACGUAUUUAAACAUACACGCCCGUAGUUUAGUACUUUGGCAAUUAUACGAUUGUUCCCGAUUAAUAUAGCAUAGACACCGAAUAAGUUAUUGUGAGCGUCCUAAAAACAUCGCGAUUGUCAUCAAAUGUUAAGUUUUUAUUUUAAUAUUAAAAUAAAAAUAACAUUGUUAUAUUUUCAUUUAGCUACAUUAUAAUCAAUUAAUUGGUGACCUGCAAUAGGAAGUUAAAUCAUCGUUCAAGCUGAAUAGAGAAAAUAGGUCUUGGUUACCAGAGAUACGGGUCAACAGAAUGGACUUAGAAGACCGAAGGAUCCGUCGUAAAACACCAAAAAUCAAAUGUCAUGAAAGAAAAAUCAGCCGUAAAGAAACGUAUAGUUGGAAGACUAAAGGAAAAGCAAAGUGCCCGGACAAAGGGACGAUGAAAAUCCAAAAACCUGCUCAGAUAAACCCUCUAAUGACGGUACUGAUGAGUUCUCGGCCUCAACUUGACCAACCAACCAGCGAUGUGACUUGUACUGAAAGAGUGCCGUUGACUGCGUACAGGACUGUGGUUCUGGAACUUCCUGAAAACUUGCAGUACAAACCUGCCGUAAAGAAGUCGGUUCUUGCCUGUAAAUUAACAACUCGCAAAUGCAUUGUGCCUGAUCCUAAUAAAUUGAAAUUGAGCUUGCGAUGGUAAAUGUACGUGUUGUAAAAAUAAUGAUUAUAUUAUAUAACAAGAAUCAGCGAUUAAGUCGUGUCCUUAAUAAACGUGGUCGGUUUUUU